AUGGAUGAAGACGGGCUUGAUGGGUAUGAACUUAGUGUGGGGGAUUCUGGCGAGUCCAUUGCCACAGGGCAGAACGAAAGGGCAAGAAUAGCAGCAGUGAAUGCCGAGAAAGCGCAUUUUGAAGGAAGCAAGGAUCAUGCCGAGAGAAGCAUAGAGUGCGGUGAAGACGGUAGAAGAUGUACACGGGGGCCAGGAAUGCUGUAUGGGAACUUUUACGAGCAUGCACAGCAACAUAGGCAGAAAGUGAUUUGCUUUUUGCAGAAGGAUCUGGCGCAGAUUGAAAAGCCCGAUCUCCGACGAUUUUUGAACAUUAGCCAUGCAUAUGAGUGUCUUUUGCCAUACCAUUUGUUUGGAUCGCAUUUGUACGAGGACAUGAUGUUUAUGCAUACGAAGGAGAUGGAAGGCAACGAAGAGGUUGAUGCGGUGGUGCAGCUGAUGAGCGAGACUGCAGAAGAUGCCAAGUCGCCUGAUAUAAACGAAUCUCUUGUGUGCGAGCUUCUGCUCUAUUACCAGCAGAGAUAUAUCAACUCGAUGUAUGCUGAGAGUAGAGAGCAUAGGCAUGCAAGACGGCUCAGGCAUCAGUUGAACAGAAGAAACACGGUCUUCAGGCUAAGGAUGGGUGCAGACGAGCUCAAGAGAGAUGUGACGAUCAGAGAGGGGCGAUUGUAUUUCAAGAAGUGCGAAUGA